AUGAUUGCAGCACAGGUCAAUAAUAAAGAUAUUUUAGAAUAUUUGAUUUCAUGUGGUUCAUCAAUCAACAUUAAAGAUUCUCAAGGAUCAACAGCCUUACAUAUGGCGGCGAAAUGGAAUAACAAAGAAAUUUUAGAACUUUUAUUAUCUCAUGGUGCAAAAGUCAACAUUGCAAAUAGAUAUGGAGAAACACCUCUUCAUAUUGCAGCAAAAUGGUCUGCCAAAGAAAGUUUGAAACUUUUACUUACCAAUGGUGCAAAAAUCACCUUAAAAAAUAAACAGAAUGAAACGGGUUUUACAAUUUUAGCAAAAUCCAAAAAUAUCGAAUUAAUGGAAAUAUUUAUUACGCAUAGUAAGGCCCUCAAGAAGCUUCGUGAGGAAGUAAAAGCUGCUUAUUUUGCUGCUGUCAAUACAAAUAAUAUUGAAAUAGUAAAUGGUUUCAUUUCUGUUGGUUUUGAUCUCAAUUCAAAAGAUUUAGAUGGUAACACUGCCCUUCAUAUUGCAGCUAAAUCUAAUUAUAUUGAAUUAGUCAAUUUGCUAAUUUUGUAUGGAAUAAAAAUCAAUGCAAAGAACAAUGACUCAGAAACUGCUCUUCAUCUUGCCGCUAGGAGGAAGAAUAUGGAAAUAGUAGAAAUCCUUGUUUCGAACGGUGCAAAAGAUAAUAUAAAAAACAAAUACGGGAAUACUCCUCAGAAAUUAAUGCUGCCAAAAAUUGAAUAA